AUGUCAUUAUUAGGAGAAUCUAAUAUUAUCAAUGGCAAAAUAUUUUGUCCACGUUAUAAGAUGGAGCAAACCGAUACAGGACUCAAUUCAUCUAAUUGGAUUAUCGAAAAUAGUACUGCGUAUGUAGCACAACAAGCCUGGCUUCAAAAUGCAGCAAUUCGUGACAACAUUUUAUUUGGCCUGCCCUACAAUGAGUCUCGUUAUAAGCAAGUCAUUAAGAUAGCAGUUUAUUCAAGAGCUCAGAUUAUCUUUAUAGAUGAUGUUCUUAGAACUCUCGUUACACAUCACGUUGGAUUAUGCUUAUCUGGUGCUUCUUAUCUGGUUGCUAUUAAUAACGGAAAAAUUACGGCAUCAAGCAGUAUUUCUGAUCUGAUUAAUACUGGUCAAUUGGCUACUGUUUUGGAGGAAUCGGAUAGCCGAGCAGCAUAUGAUGAUAUUAUUGAAUUGGCAGCAGAAAAUUUUGAUAAAGAAAAUGCAAAUAAAGAUUCAUCGCGUAUAAUUGAAUUAUCAACAGCUUCUUCAACGACAACGACUCUGAUAAAUGCUGAUGCUGGAGAUAAUAAUGAAGAGUCAAUACAGCAUAAUUAUAAACCCAAAGUGUUGGUAGAAGAAGAAAAACGACCUACAGGCGUUGUUAGAUUAAAAAUUUACAAAACUUAUUUUCGUGCAAAUGGUAAAGUUGAUGCCGGAUUGGCUGGAUUGUCGUUGUCAUUUGCGAUGAAUUUUACUGAACAAAUAAUGUGGAGUGUGAGGAAGUAUACUUCAUUGGAAAUGAGUUUGAAUUCGGUGGAAAGAUAUCAUGAAUUCACUGAAAUUCCUCAAGAGGCGCCAGAAAUAAUUGAACCAAGGCCUCCAGCUAGUUGGCCACAUGAUGGAGCUAUUGAUGUACAAAAUCUGGAGGUUAGAUAUGCUCCUGAUUUAGAACCUGUAUUGCAUCAUAUCUCUUUUUAUAUAAAAGGUUGUGAAAAGGUUGGACUUGUUGGAAGAACCGGAUCUGGAAAAUCAACUAUAGCUUUAUCUUUAUUUCGGUUUAUUGAACCAUCAGAUGGGCAAAUUUUAAUUGAUGGAAUUGAUAUAUCAUCAAUUGGUAUUGAAGAUCUAAGAUCUAGAAUCACCAUUAUUCCUCAAGAUCCAAUACUUUUUUCAGGCACCAUAAGAUCAAAUCUCGAUGCAUUCUCAGAUUAUCAAGAUGAAGAAAUUUAUGAAUCUUUAAGACGUGUUCAUUUAUUACCAUCAUCUGAAUCGAAUCAAGAUUUCACUUUGUCAGGGGAUAAUAUUAAUGUAUUUAAAAAUUUAGAUACUCCUAUUAGUGAAGGAGGAAAAAAUCUUAGUCAAGGGCAAAGACAAUUAUUAUGUUUAGCAAGAGCUUUAUUGAGAAGAUCAAGAAUAAUAUUAAUGGAUGAAGCUACAGCAAGAACGGAAUUUUUGGAUUGUACAAUAUUAUGUAUUGCGCAUCGUUUACGAACUGUUAUUGAUUAUGAUAAGAUAUUAGUUAUUGACCAUGGAAAAGUAAUAGAAUAUGACAGGUAG